CGGCACCAGCAAUUCCACGAUCGCAUAAUACCCGCAUGUUGAUGACCUCCAGGACUCUCCGGCCUCCUCCCUCCAGGCGUACUAUUGUUCAAGAUAGUGUGUGUGACAUAUGUGGGAACGGGGAGGAAGAUGAAUAUCAUGUUGUUAUAUCAUGCACAAAAAGUAUGGCGUUGAGAUUUGCCACGAGGAAAGAGUGGAGGCUUCCAGAAGAAAAGGAGUUCUGGUACACUGGAAUAGACUGGCUACAAAUCCUACCGGACAAGUAUGAUUCAGAGAUAAGAAAGAAAAAUCUGCUGUUGUUAUGGAGAGCCUGGUUUCUACGAGAUAACUGUAUCCACAGUGAUGGCAAAGAAACCAUUUCGAGAUCGGUGAUGUUCCUUGUGCAGUAUGAGGAGGAAAUCAGGAAUUUGUCGCUAUCUGUUGUUGGACAGGGAAACAAGAGUUGCCGGUCCCUGUCUGCAUCUAUGCAGACACACCACACCUAGGAAUCAGCCGAACGCCGAGCCAAAUGCCCAGUGGAAAGAGCCGCCUGAAGGUGUUGUAAAACUGAACACUGACACUGCCUUUUUGUCAGGCACGGGCCAAGCCUAGGCUGGCGUGAUCGCACAGGAUCAUACGGGGCAUGUUGUCUUCUCGGCGAGUAAAUCGAUGAAUAAAUGCAGAUCAGUUGAAGAGGCAGAGGGGCAAGCUAUCCUGAUGGGUCUGGUAUCGCUGUCGAGACUGUACCAAGGCCCACUGAUCAUUGAGACUGACAUCAAAAUGAUUGCAAAUGAAUUGGGAUAAGCCAGAUCAAGCCGAU